AUACAAUACUUAUUAGCUUCUUGAAGAAGAAAAUUGUUAAUGUUGUUAGUCUUCUUCAAGCUAUAACAAAGUAUACUGUAUAGACCGCACAGUACGCUACGGUACAUUAUUAGCUUGAAUUAGAAAGAUGCACUUCGGUCCUAAACACGUUCGGAACGGUAACGUUAUGUAUCAGAGAGAGGCUGUACAUGCGACGCCAUAUUGGUUGACUGCUGAAGUUGAAAAGGUAAAAUGUUAUUUAGUUUAUCUGAUUUUAUCCACUGCUAUGUAGUCUUUGGUCGUUUGCCCUCCUUGUGAAAGUUGUAUGUGUCAGUCUAAUGUAACACGUUUUUACGUUUUAAGUGUGUUUCUGGCCUAUAUAUUGUAUAUUUUAAAGGCAAGGGCAAGACGGUAUGUACAAAUUUUAUGAAGCAUGCUUUUUUCUAGUCCAAAUAAUUAUGCCGUCUAGGAAGGCUAUUUUUGAUAUUGCUGUUAAACGUUGAAAAAGGAAAUAUAUCAAAAAGCCUUACUAAAACGACAUACUUACAAUGACAAAUUUGGACUAGCUUUUUAGUCCAAAUAAUUAUGACGUCUGGCAAGGUUUUUUUUUUCUGGGACGCCUUCCUUCGAAUAUAGCCUUACCAGACGUCAUAUUUAUUUUGACUUGGUUUUUUUUUCAAUACUAUAUUUUAAAAAGCAUUGAAUUAUACAAUAUUGUGCAAUAGUCAUUGAACAGUUAAAAGCUAAAUUGAAGCUCCCACAUCAGGCCCGUAGCCAGGAAUUUCAAAAGGGGGGUUCGUUUGACUCAAAAACUCGACUUUAACAGUCACAAUUCGAACAGAACAUUGACUUUAAUAGUGCUUAUUUGUUUUCAAGGGGGGGUAUGCACAUGGGGGAUAUCCCACAAAUGAGGGACUGUCCCCAGACUAGUCCAAAUAAUUAUGACAUCUUGAAAGCCUAUUAAUUUUUUUUUUUCAUUUGAGCUUGACGCCUUACAUGUAUGUUGCAGGAAGGCUUCUGAGCAAAAAUAUAGAAUAGCUUUCCUAGUUGUCAUAAUUAUUUGGACUACAUGUAUCCCCAGACAAUAAAACUUACCGCCAUUACUGGAUAUUACACAGGUUCCAGUUAAAUGUUAAAUUUUAAUGUAAUAAAACAAAAUAUUUGAUGCCACAAAAGUAAAGUGAUUGUUGUAUGUGUCAAAAGUUGAGGCAUCCUGGAUUAGCGAUAAAGGUGCAAUAUUCAUUUUGCUGUUGAAAAGAAAUAGAUCAUCUUUUGCAUUUUAUGCUUAAGCCAUUAAGUUUUAAGUCCAUACAAAUGUAAGUCUGUCCAUCCAUAUGACUCUAUGUCCUAAAGUUUCAAUACAAAUGUAAGUCUGUUCAUGGAUAUGACUCUACGUCCUAAAGUUGGUUUCCAUUCUUUAACAGACUAACUUCAGUUCGCCUCAAACAAAUACUAUGAAACUUCUAGUAUACACAAUGUUGAUUACCUCAAAACACAUAUAAUGCCUGGAGGUUAUGUCUGAGUUUUUGUUGGGUCACUAAUCGUUCUAGAGUUAUGCUCGUAUUAGAAAUGAAAAAAAAAUACUGAAUUUUUGGACUUACAUGAGUCAACUAACUCGUGAUGGCAUCCGUAAAAUUUACAAAUAGAUGAUUUCAACUUCACCAUUUGGAACUCGUGAUUUAAUAGCUUCCUUGUGGGCAACAACCCUCUCUUAAGCUGCAUCCAAUAAAGCAUUUUAUUGUGCAAUAAUUGUAAAAUCAUAAUUAGAUAUUGUGACUUUUUGUCCUUUGAAUUUUAUUGUUCUGCCAAUUUUAUAACUUUAUGUGACCUGAUAUUUUAUUGGACAUGUUGGUCUGAGCUAUAUACAUGUAUUCUUUCAUUAUUUUUUUCAGGAUUUAAUAUUAUUUUGGUGAAGACUUUUAUCAGAAGAAGCUACAUAUACAUGAAGAUGAAUAUCCUGAAGUGAUUUUUUUUAUCUUUUAAUAUCAAUAUAUGUCUCAUAGAUAUAUAAAGAAAAGAAAAUCACAGUUUACUUACAUUGUUCACAAAGAUGGAAAGAGUCAAAAGGUGACAAAAUCCUUUAAACGUGAAUCUGCAGGUGUCUCAACUGAUACUGACCAGAGAGGUGAAACUACAUGUACAGCAAAUAAUGAUUUAAGUAUUGAUGGUGUCCAAAUACGAGCACAGGAGGAUAAUGCCAGCAGUUGUUCUGCAAAAUUAGAAGAAGAACAUGUAUCUUCAUGUGACCAAAAAAAAUAUGAGAAGGCAAAGUACAAGAGACUGGAAAAUUGGGCAGAAGUGAGCAAGAAGCUGUAUAAGAAAGGUCUUCAAAAGCAAUUUUUAACUGGCUCUACCUGCAAACAGUGCAACAUUGAUACAACCGACCUUUAUAGAUGCAUUGAUUGCAUAAAUUACCAUGCUACCUGUCUGCCAUGUUUGAAAAACCGCCAUGAAUUCCCUCAUCUUCAUAUUUUUGAGAAGUGGAUGCAUGGUACAUUUAUUGGAUUUUCCUGUUCAACUCCCGUUUGGGAAGAUGGUAGUCAUCAGGAGUGUUCAACAUCUUACCAGAAGGACAUAGUUGUUGUUGAUGAUAAAGGUAGACAACACAUGAGGACUCUAGAGUUCUGUGCCUGUGAAGAUGAGGCUGUUACUUUAUUACAGUACGAUUUGUGGCCAUCUUCACCAAAGCAUCCACGUCUAGCCUUUCAUAUCGAUCUUUUAAGAUGGCUGAAUGGUCUAUUACUUGAGUGUCAGGUUUCAGCCAAAGGCUUCUGUGAAGCACUGAAGGCUAGACAACCUAAGCUGUAUAAGUUCCUUGUGACUAAGGAAGGAAAGGAAAUAUACAAACUGCUAAUUAAUGAAACCAUCCAUCAAUUUCGGCAGUUUUUGUAUUGUAUGGAUUAUCCAUCAGAUCCAACCCUUGAUAAUGGAUGUACCUGUCCAGCAUGCUUUCAGUGUGAGACCAAGAUCUUUUGUUUUGAUGCUGACUUUCAAUUGGUAAGAAAGACAUCAUCUGGUCAGCAAUGGUUGUCCCCAAAGCACCAAGAGCGGUUUUUUUUAGACCAGAAAGAGGUGGACAGCUUUAUGUGUACAUAUAACAACUCACCUGUUGAUAAUGACUGCAGUGAUUUUCAAGCCGGAAGCAACAUUAGAUCAAAAGCAAAGAAUAAAAAGCUUUCAGAGACAGCUGUGUUUGGAGCAACAUGUAGACACGAUUAUCCACAGAAGUUCUUUAGUCUAAAACAUGGAGAACGACUUGGAUAUGCAGUGUAUUUGAUGAAGUUGCUUCUCAGUGAGAACAAUGGACAGAAGAUGCAUGUCUCCUAUGAUAUAGCUUGCCUAUUGAAGAAGCAUUUGCAGAAAAAUGGUCAUGAAGAUAUUCUGAAGAAAGUAUCAUUUUCUAUACCAAUAUUCCACUGUUAUGGGCAUGGUGUUCCAUGUCAGAUUUUGUAUGGACCCAGAAGAACUAAAAAUCUUGGGUUGACAGAUGGAGAAGGGAUAGAGAGGCUUUGGUCAUAUCUUGGCAAGUUUUCAUCUAUAACUAAAGAGAUGUCCCCAGAAAACCGAACUGAUUUAUUGACAGAUGGCUUGAUUUAUUAUGGACAGAAGAUUAAAGACAAGUUAGGUGACACUCUUGUAUCAAAGUAUAAAAGAGCAUCAAAAUUAGAGGAGAACAGUAACACUUCAUUGCUAGAAAUGUUAUCUUCAUUUCCAGAUGGUGAAGCUGACAUGGACAUAGUUGAGGAAUGGGUGAAUGAAGAAAAGACAUCUAUCUUGUCCAGAUUGCAGAACAGUUCAAAUGAAUCUGAAUAUGUUCUUAGCAAGACAGAUAUUUAUGCUUUGGAUCUGCAGAAAUAUUAUAGAAUAAGAUGUGAUGGAAAUGAGGAAGAUCUCUCAAGGUUGGAAAAGAAGUUAUCUGCUUAUGAAAAUAAGAACAAGAUGAAAAGAAUUGAUAAAGACGGUGAGACUUUCAUAUCUUGUUUGAAAGUAGCAAAGACCAAGGAAAAGAAGCUAGCACUGACUACAAUUCGCCAGCAGGUUUCAGAGAAACAGUAUCUGUUGAAACUAAUAAGGAAAUAUGCAAAGGGGCAAGCAAUUUACCAUCGACUUUCGAAACAGCUUAAGUGUGUCAUUAAAAAAGAAAAGAAGUCAAUUGACGGAUACAACAAAAUAGGAGAGCCCUGUUUUAACAUGCCUCUGAUUAUUUGCUCUGAUGAUGUAAAUACUGUUGAGAGCGAGAUUUUCAAUUGCCUAGGACAGAAUGAAGGAAGCUCCAGGAUACCAUCAGUAUUGAAACAGGAAAUUGUCCAGUUGAAAUGCCUUGUCACCAGAUGUCAGGAAGAGAAAGAACUCCUGAAACAAGAAAUGUCCUCGACUUUGAAUUGGUACCAGGAUCAACUUGUGAAAUUAAGGAGAAGGUUGGGAGAGCUUGAUACUUCUGGGAGUUUCUCACAUCUUAUACGAGAAGGAAUGUACUUGGAAAUGUUAAUUACUCAUUUGAGUAAUCUUUUCCAAGAAUACAUUGGGGAUACAUUUACUCCUCUACCUUUAAUUUUAACAGAAAAUGUAAUGUCAGAUGACCACAAAAAAAUGUCUGAAAUGUUGGCUUACCUGGCAUCUGUUGAAGAUUUAUUAGUAGAUGGAGAUAGUGACAGUGAUAUAGAAAGUGACAGUGAAGAUGAGAGUGACUGUGAGACCGAAUUAGCUUAAAAAGUACAUUUUAAAUCCUUUUUUUUUGGUUUAUGAUAUAUAAUUAAAAAUUUGCUUUAUAAACUCAUAAUUUUCAACAGAUUUUUUGCUAAUUGAUUCAACAUAGCUGAUACCUAAUGUUCAAUAUGAGAAAGUUAUUUAACAUUUUGGUAUAAACUGAAGUAUCAAACGAUAAACUCAAGAAAAAAGGAAUUAGUUAUUUGUCUGUAAAUUAUUGUUUAAAUAAAGAAAUAUAUAAACUACAGUAUUUGUUAAAGAUGUCUAACUUUGAAAUUGAGAAUAAGCCUUUUAAGAAUUUAUUGGAAAAAACUUUAAAGAGUUUGUCAAAUUCAUGGUCACCGAUUUAACUCAAAUUCUCAUAUUUUUUUUAUAACAAUGUACUUCAUUUAUCAAAACUAUCAAAAAUUUUAAGUCAACACUUUACAGAGCAUAGGGUCAAUAAUGUGUAGUUUAAUUUUGUGAAUAUCUUAGUCAAGACUACAUCUAAUAAACUAUCAAGUUGACCUUAGAUGACCAUAUAAGCGAUGUUAACAUAAAUAUAGAUACAAAUAUAUUAAGCCAACUCUUUUUCUUAGAUUUUUAAAGGUCUGUUUAAUUUUAUUAUAUAGAUUAAAAAUAUAUUUUUCUUAUCAUUUUUACCUGUUUAAAAUAAAUGGUAGGUCAAAUCACUCAUCAAUUGAUUCACCUUUGUUUCACUUUCAAUGUUGACAUUCUUUUCCUUUUAAUAACCAGUACACAUACAAUGCAUGUGUUGUCUAUUACUAGUUUAGGGGUUAAAUUGAAGUUCUCAUGAAUAGAUUUAAUGAGGUGGAAAUUGCAAGUGAAUAAUUCAUAAUCAAUGUUAUUUAGCUUCAUUUGUCAAAAUUGACUCAUUUUAUACAGGUUUGAUCCUGUAUGAUCAUGUAUUUACAUUUUGAUAAAUAAAAAAAUCCAUAUGGACUAUUUUUUACCUGAUUAAAUCAAAUAUGUAAUGAAAAAUACAAUGUUAUGCGCUAAUUUUUGAGUAAAAUGAGGUUGAAAUUUUGUUUAUCUGCUCAAAAAUCAGAUUUGUGGCCGUAUUUUUGCUUUUAAAAGAAAGACAUAACAACUUGCUAUAUAUUUAUUAAAUUUAUAAAAAUAGUACUAUUUACAUUUUCAUGAAAAUAGGCAUUUUAAAACAGUGCAUGAACUUGUUUUCAAGUUAAAUAAGUUUGAAUGAUAAAAAUCUGUCAAAAAUUGAAUCUUUUCCCUACAAGUCAUAGUUUAACGUAGCGAAAUUAACAAUUUAUGUUAGCAACGUCAUUACCUCUCCUGUAAAUGUAUGGUACCCUUAAAACGAAUAAUUUUUUCAGUUCUAUUAUUGAUUGAACAAAAACAAAUCAUACUUAAGAUUUCUCAUCUAUCUCGUAGCUAAUGUCCCUUUAAAGAUAGAUCUUAUUUUUUUAGUCAUAAUGAUUGGCUUGUAUUCAGAUUAUGUUUUAACAAAAAAAAAGUUAUAUACUGUGGAUUCAUUAUUAUUCGUUUGAUACCAAUUUUCGUUGAUUUCGUGGGUAGAGGGGCACCACGAAUUAAAUUGUUCAACGAAUUAAGAAUUUUCUAUAGGAAUAUAUACAGAAUUUGUCAAAACCAUGAUAUCAAAUCUCCACGAAAAUGCAAGUUUUCCUCAAUCCACAAAAAUUGGUACCCAGGAAAAUAAAUGAAUCUCCAGUAUAAUUUCAAUUGAGUGAAAUACUGAAAUAACUUUUAGCUUCAUAUAUCAGAGAUUUGAAACUUAUUUUAUGAUUUGGUGGUAUCUUUACACUGGUGGCUUUAUUAUUAUUAAUUAAAAUCAAUAGAGAUGAGUCCUGUCAGUAUAGAAAGUCCCUGGUUGAUAGUUCUUAAUUGAUUCUUCUACAUUUGUACACUGUGAUGUUUAUUGCUGUAUUAUUUAUCAAAUAUAUAUAAAUUGUUAUAAAAUCUUGUACCCUUAACAGGCCCUGUGAUCUGGCAAAUUAAAAUAUUAUAUUCUAUUCUAUUCUUGUUACAAAAACUUUCACGAUUUAGAUUAUCAAUCACCAUUUAUUUGGCUUAUGUCCAAUGAAGAUAGUCACAUUUUUAAUCAAGUAAGCAAUUUAAUUAAUAAUUUAAAUGUUGUUCGAAAACAACUAUUAGAAACUUAAUGAGUUUAUAUAUUUUAUAUAUUUGUACAAAUUAAGAUAUUUGUAAAGCUUCUUUUUGUAAAUGUAGGAUCAUGAAAGCACCAGGGGAAAAAAACAGAAUAUUGAAUUUCAGUCUCCUAUAUUUUUUAGGAUCACUGUAUUUGUCAAAGUUGAAACAUGAUACAUUUUAUAAAUACACAUUAGUAUGUGUUUCUUGUCAUUUUCAAUUGUCUUUUCAUUGUAAUCAUUGAUUUAAUUGUAUUCAAAUAAUUGUUAUCAUUGUACCAAAUUUAACUUGUGAUUAUUCUGCCUGUUAUGGGCGUCUU